AUGUUCGUUUUGAUUUUAUUCUACUUGCUUCUGCAUAUUCCACUUCUCAUGGCCAGUUUCAUUCCUUCCAGCUGCUUUUGGAGAGUGAAGCAGAAUGAAGGAAAGAUUGGAGAUUUAAUGACAGUUUGUUUUUUCUUCGUCAAGAUAGAACAUUCGCCUGUGGAAAAAGAGUAUUUCAGGAACAUUCUGAAUACGCUAACACCAGCUGAAAACCAACAGUUUGCUCUAGCCUUGGCUUUUUCAAUGGAUGAAAUCAACCGAAACCCUGAUCUAUUGCCAAAUAAGUCCUUAGUAUUUCAAUUACCACAUUGUCAAAGAUUGUCACAAGUAUACAGUCUCAUUCCUCUUUCUGAACAAAAUCAUAAUUUUAUUCCUAAUUAUGACUGUGGCCUAGAUAUGAAGUGUAAUAUAUUCCUUACAGGACCAAAUUGGGCAGCAUCUGUGUUAUUUCAGACACUCAUGUCCCACUUCGCAUCUCAGCAGGCUCUUCAGCUUACUUAUGGACCUUACCAACUUAUCCUGAGUGAUCAUGAACAAUUUCCCUAUCUGUAUCAGAUGGCCCAUGAGGAUUCAUCUCUUGUUCUGGCCAUGGUCUCCUUCUUACUUUACUUCAGCUGGAACUGGGUUGGGCUGGCCAUCUCAGACAAUGAUCAAAGUAUCCAAUUCCUCUCAUAUUUGAGAACAGAGAUGGAAAAAAGCACAGUCUGCUUGGCCUUUGUGAACAUGAUCCCAGGCAACACACAGCUAUACAUGUCAAGAGCUGAAGUGUACUACAACCAAAUCAUGACAUCAUCUGCAAAUGUGGUUAUCAUUUAUGGUGACACAGACGGUACUCUAGCUGUGAGCUUCAGUAUGUGGGAAUCUCGAGGUAUACAGAGAAUAUGGGUCACCACCUCACAGUGGGAUGUCACUACAGGUGAAAGAGACUUCACAUUUGACACAUUCCAUGGGAAUCUUGCUUUUGCACACCACCAUGGGAAGAUUUCUGGUUUUAAAAAUUUUGUCCAGACACUGAACUCUCUCAAAUACUCAGACAAAUAUCUGGCAAGGCUGGAGUGGAUGCACUUCAACUGUGAAGACUCAGCAGCUAACUGUAAGACACUGAGGAACUUCUCAUCCAAUGUCUCAUUGGAAUGGCUAAUGGAACAGACAUUUGACAUGGCCUUUAGUGAUAGCAGUUAUGACAUAUACAAUGCUGUGUAUGCUGUGGCCUAUGCCAUUCAUCAAAAGCUUCUUCAACAGGUAGAAGAUCAGAUGAUUGGCAAUGGGAAAGGACAUGAAUUUAACUGCUUGAAGAGGUACUUCUUCCUGAGAAAGACCCACUGCACCAGUCCUGAUGGAGACAAAAUAAAUAUGAACUGAAAAAAAACACUGCAGAAAGAGUGUGACAUCUUCCACAUUAGAAAUUCCCAACAUGGCUGUGGACUUAUGGUGAAGAGUAAGUUUAAACCAUAUUUUUCACAUGGUCAACAGCUCCAGUUGUCUCAUGACUUGAUAGAGGGGGCCACAGGAAGUAGACAGGUGGGCCUUAAAUAA